CGACUCUGGUUUACGGAGCAGGCAAACUUUUUCAUCGUGUUGUUUAAAAUUGUUCGCGUUGUUUGUCCCUGUUUGUAUUUUUGUAAAAAUUACCUGUUAAAACAUUAUUUUGUCUAACUAUCUGUGUUUGUGAAUUGAGUUCGAAGGCAACUGAAAGCAACCCCAUUAGAAAGAAAUGGUUCGUUCCGGCAUGAUGCGUGGGGGCGGUGGGCGCGGAAUGGGAGGCAUGGGUAUGAGGGGAAUGCGCGGUGGACCUUUCAUGCAGAAGAACAGUUUCCUGCCGAGACAUCCGUUCGAUUUGACACUGGCCGAGCCGGCAUUUCCCCGGGUAAACCAGCAACCGGACGAUUCGGUCCUGACGAAUGCCCUGCAGAAACGCAGCCAGGACUUGACACCAACCCAGGAGGAGCAGACUGCAAUUUCCAAUUUGGUCACGAAGGUCCAAGGAGUAUUAGACAAUUUGGUAAUCGCUCCAGGUGAUUUUACCAAAGCUCAGCUUGACGAAAUCCGGCAGGUAGGUUCCUUCAAGAAAGGAACCAUGAUGACCGGUCACAAUGUGGCCGAUAUUGUUGUUAUUUUAAAAACUCUUCCCACGCAUGAUAUGGCCGAAGCUAUCGGCAAAAAGGUGGAAGAAGAAAUUCAAAAAUCUAUGAAAACGGAAGUCGUUCCCAAAGCCGAAGCAAUCAAGCUGGACUUUACCGAUAAAUGUUUUGAAAUUUCGAAUUCCCUUGCCAGAGUUCGAUGUCUCAUCGCUACAUUACCUCAAAAUAUCCGUAAACUGGAAGCCGAGAAACAUUUGGACUUCAAAGUGGUUCAAAGCCAUUUGGCCUCAAUCAGGCAUGCUCGCUGGUUUGAGGAAAAUGCUCAUCAUUCCACCAUCAAAGUAUUGAUCCGUAUCCUGAGAGAUCUGGCUAACCGUUUCGAUGGUUUUAGGCCCCUCAAUCCCUGGAUCUGCGACUUGCUGGCUCACUCGGCAAUAAUGAACAAUCCAAGCCGCCAGGCACUUCCAGUCAAUCUAGCCUUCCGUAGGAUAUUUCAGCUGCUAGCUUCCGGUUUGUUCGUACCCGGAUCGGCAGGAAUCACUGAUCCCUGUGAGGCAAACCACAUCCGGGUACACACCUCGAUGACCCUGGUUCAGCAGGAUCAGUGUUGCAUGACCGCACAAACUUUGGUCCGGGUCCUUGCUCAUGGAGGCUACAAACACAUCCUAGGGUUCGUAGAAAAUACAACCGUAGCCAAAGAGAUGUCCGUCUGGGAUGGGGUUGUCGUUUCGCCGAUGGAUCCGGCCUACGAGAAACCAGCCGAAAAGAAGGACGGCGAAGAGGAGGACAUGGAAUGUGUCGAAGAGUCCGGCAUGGAACAGGACAAUGGCGAAUAGAUGCAUGCUAUAAGUAAUUGAAAAUUGCAUAUAACUCACCACUAAUUAGGUUUACUCUAUUUUAUCACUUUUAACUGUAUCGAUUGCGUGAAUAAAUAUUCAAUCAGUGUGAA